UUGGCACUCCAGGCAGAGGAAGUAGAGAAGGGAUAUUUGCUGCUCUUCCCAAUGGCCUGGGAGGCUGGAACACAGAGCCUUGGAAUCCAUGAAGGUCAACUCAUAUGUGGGAGACUGAAAAGGGAACAGAUGUUCCUCACUAUUAGAUUUUUCUGAUUGUUUUCACCAGGUUGUUCGCAGUAAAGUGUAGCAUAAAAACAUAUUUAUUUUUUAUUGGGCGUGUAUGUAAUGGAAAAAGUAGUCAACAGUAGCAAUAUAUGAUUUACUGGGUUAGGACAAAGGUCUUACAAUUUCUCUCUCAGCAGGCAUCACAGGAAUUAUUAGUAGAGACAGUAAUAUCUCACUGGUAUUUAGUCCUGGGGUUAAGCAUGUAAGUCCCAGUUUUGGCUCCAAUGUAAUCCAUAAAACUCUGGCCAAACUGUGUAGGUGCCUGAACUCAUUCAGCACCUACAUUUUUCAGGGUAAUAUUUUCCUAGGGGCCUAUGUUUCUGCCUUUGGAUAUGUGCAUUGCUGCCUCACUCUAGUCCUCUGGACAGCUAUGUCCUGCCUAAACCCCUGAGCAAUUCACCAACCAGAUGAAGACAGGCUAUGUCACGUGCAGGACCUGAUCCGAUAGGGAAGCUCAGAGGCUGCCUACUUGAUUGGGUCCCAUUCAAAACCCAGCUAGAGAAAGAGCCCACUUUAUAACUUUUAGCCCAAUUGUUAGAGGACUCAUCUGGGAUGUGGGAAAUCCAGUUUUAAUUCCCCUCUCUGCCUGAAGGGGAGAAGAGGCUUUCAGCAGGGUCUCCCACCUUUCAAGAGGUGCUCUAACCACUGAGCUAUGGGUUAGUCUGAUGUAGGGCUCCCUUAGUCUCUCCUAUUGAAGUUGUUGCACUGAUGAAAGAGAAGUUGAAGCAGGGGGACUGGCACUGGAGUCUCCCACCUCCCAGCUGGGUGUCCUAACCACUGAAUUACCGAAUCAUUCCCAUUCUCUUACUGACCCAAUGACAAAAGUCAGUCAUCCAGCUAUCUGUCUAGCUGACAAGAGCUUUCAUUAGUAUUCAAUUUUAGUAAAUAUUCAGCUACACUCUCAAGGAAUUUGUCCAAGAACCUCCCCCUGCCAAUAUCCUUCUAGCACAGGGGUAGGCAACCUAUGGCACAGAUGCCGAAGGUAGCACAGGUGCUGAAGGUGGCACAUGAGUUGAUUUCCAAUGGCACUCACACUGCCCAGGUCCUGACCACCGGUCCAGGGGGCUCUGCAUUUUAAUUUAAUUUUAUAUGAAGCUUCUUAAACAUUUUAAAAACCUUAUUUACUUUACAUACAACAAUAGUUUAGUUAUAUAUUAUAAACUUAUAGAAAGAGACCUAAAAACGUUAAAAUGUAUUACUGGCACGCGAAACCUUAAAUCAGAGUGAAUAAAUGAAGACUUGGCACAUCACAUUUGAAAGGUUGCAGACCCGUUCUAGCACUAUACCAGUAGGUGCUGUGUCUGAGACUGUCCACUAAGGGGCAACCCACUGCAAGAAAUACAUUUUUCAUGACCGGUUUGAACAAACUUUGCAAACUUCCUCAGCAUCUAGGGUUGCUCCACGAUGCGUAUUUCCGUUGCUCUGACGCUAUCCUGAGCAUGGGGUCGGAUAGGAGAAAGGAAUUUUCCCCCUGAAGUGGGAGGAGAAGGAAGAAAGAGAGGUUCUGCAGCAGCAAGAAGCUUGGAUGUAAUUGCUCACUUUCAGAGCACAAACACAUUAGCUGCUUUUGGAUCUGGGCUGAAAUAAAAAGUUUCCUGAAUGACUGGCCCGUGUUCGAGGACGGGAAGUGAGACGUAAGACUCUGCAGCUGGAAUUAAUUGCUGCUGGAUGGUAUGCUGUGCACUUUGGACAGCAUUCCCUGCAGAUGAAGUGUUAGUGGCAAAGGCACAUCGCUAGCUGCGCUGUCAAUCUGAUUGCACCCUUCAGCCUGUCUCCUUUCUUGGCAGCAGCAUCCCUGGGCUGUUGGUCACUGGCCAUCCUUCCUCAGGCAGGAAGUCAGAGCCAGUGGGCCUGAUGAAGACCACACAACUAAGCAACGUGAUUAGCGCUAACAGUGAUGAGCAGAAAAUUAAAGUCAGCAAUAUUGACAAAGCUUUCUGUAUUUUUUAGGCCGAGUAUCUGAGCUGAUUCCUGGAGAGCACUUCUCUGCUUGUGUAAGGGAGGGGAGAAGGUGCUGGUGUCACCCGUUUUCUUGCGAAAGGAUUCUGCAAAAUGCUACACGGACAGCUUGUAUAAAGGGAUCUUGUUUGGUCCCGUUAACUCUCCUCUUCCCUUGUGCAGCAUUUUCCCGCACUGUUACUUCUGCUCUUUCGAAGGGCGGGGGGAGACACUGCUGAGUAAGGCAGAGGGGAGAGCGAGCGAGACCUGCUGCGAUCGGGUUACAGCGAGCCAUGGGAGAGAAGAGGAGGGGCCACUUGGCGAGGAGCUGCAGCGUGUCAGAUGAAGUGCUGCAGCCAUCCCUGGGGGGAUCUGUUUUGCCUCGUUCCCCUGCCCUCUGGGCCAGCCCCGUGGCUUCCAGCGAGGCUUGGAUACAAUAAGCCGGCUCCCCGGAUGCGCUAUGCUCCAUCCCAGCUGCUGAUCGCACACAGCCGGUGGGGGAGACCCCAGGAAACAGGUGCCCUCCUCUUCCUCCAGCUGCAUGCUGCUGGGCUUCCUCUCUCACCAGCAUUCACCCGCGGGACGCCUGUGCUGCAAGGACAGGGGGCUGGCAGGCGAGGGCAGGAGGAGCCAGGCGGCCUGAACUCGGCCGUGCCCCCGCUCUCUGACGGCCCGGUACCCGGGAGGAGCUGCAGCCCCCGCUGCUAGAGGCGGUGAUUCACUUGCUGCUUCCAGCGCUCCCCGCUGCCGCCCUGCGCGGCCGCCGCCACCGCCCUGAUGGCUCCAGCUGACAGGCCGCUCGCGGGGAGCCGGGGCCGCCAUGUGCCGCGGUGGCCGCUGCUGCUGCUCUAGAUGCUCCUAGGGGCGUCCUGGCUGUGCGCGCCCGAGGCAGCCGCAGCGAAGCGGGGAGCGGAGGCGCGGCGGGGAGGCGGCGAAGCGGCGAUGGACGAGUCGUCGCUGCUGGACUUGCUGGAGUGCUCCGUGUGCCUGGAGCGGCUGGACACCACGGCCAAGGCGCUGCCCUGCCAGCACACCUUCUGCCGCCGCUGCCUGGAGAGCAUCGUCAGCUCCCGCCACGAGCUGCGCUGCCCCGAGUGCCGCAUCCUGGUGGGCUGCGGGGUGGACGAGCUGCCCGCCAACAUCCUGCUGGUCCGGCUGCUGGACGGCAUCCGCCAGCGGCCCCGGGGCGGCGGCAGCGGCGGCGGCGGCAGCCCCAAGGCGCAGGGCAGCGCGGCGGCGGCGGCGGCCGCCGCCUCUGGCAGCGGAGGAAGCGACUCGGCGGCGUCGCCCGCCUAUCAUCCCGCGGAGGCCACCGGCUGCCCCAGCGCGGCCGCCGCCAGCCGGGGCGCCCUGCUGGGAAAGAGUAUUUCUCAACUGCCCUAUGGUAAAGCUCUCUACACCUAUGAGGGAAAAGAACCUGGUGACCUCAAGUUUACCAAAGGGGACAUUAUCAUACUACGACGAAAGGUGGAUGAGAAUUGGUAUCAUGGAGAGCUCAAUGGAAACCAUGGCUUCUUUCCAGCCAGCUACAUUCAGUGUAUCAAGCCCCUUCCACAAGCUCCGCCUCAGGGCAAAGCACUUUACGAUUUUGAAAUAAAGGAUAAAGACCAAGACAAGGACUGUUUAACCUUCACCAAGGAUGAAAUUUUGACUGUUAUCAGACGAGUAGAUGAUAACUGGGCAGAAGGAAUGCUGGGAGAUAAAAUUGGAAUUUUCCCUAUCCUGUAUGUUGAGCUCAACGAAUCAGCUAAACAGCUUAUAGAGAUGGACAAGACAUGCUUAGCUGCUGCAUCUGGCUGUGAUGUUCCUUUGCCAUCUGACACCAACAUGGCAGUAAAUUUGGCCCAGUGCUCUACUUUAAACAAUACAGGAGCAGUCAGUGCCAUUCAGCGGCAUAUUGAUGGCAAGAAGAAUGCCAAGAAACGCCACUCCUUCACUGCUCUCAGUAUGACACACAAAUCCUCUCAGGCCAUGCAUAACAGGCAUUCCAUGGACAUUAGUGCUCCAGUUUUGAUCAGCUCUAGCGAUCCCCGAGCUGCUGCCAGAAUCGGAGACUUGACUCAUCUUUCAUCCAGUGCUCCAGCCCAGGACUCCUCCUCAAUUGGAACAGCUACAGUGGCUGGACCCAGAACAAGUGCAAUAACUGGAGAUCAGGGAACACCGACAAAGGUCCAGCUCCCCCUCAAUAUCUACUUAGCUCUGUAUGCAUACAAGCCUCAGAAGAACGAUGAGCUGGAGCUGCGUAAAGGCGAAAUGUAUCGGGUCAUUGAGAAGUGUCAGGAUGGCUGGUUCAAGGGGACAUCUCUGAGAACGGGAAUGUCUGGAGUCUUUCCAGGCAACUACGUGACUCCUGUUUCCAGAGUGCCUAUAGGAGGUGGCCAGCCCAGGAAUAGCUUAGCAGGCGGGGCUCAGACAAUAAAAGGAUCCCCAGGAGCUGUUCACCCAGGAGGUGCAAGUCUUACAAACACGGCCACUGCUGUCAGACCUGUUGUUCCAAUCACUGCACCUCAGACACAUCCCCAACAACAGACAGCGUCUCCUCAGAUGAAUAACUGCAUGAGGUAUUCAGCCCAACAAAUGGUCAGCCAGACUCGCAGUGCCAUGCAGAUGGUAGCACACCCCUCUGCCCAGGUACCGGAGCGGCCCACGGCAACCGUCUCACCACUGAGAACCCAGAACUCUCCAUCCCGUCUCCCAGCCACAGUGGUUAGGUCACACUCCAUGGCUUCUCCACAACAUGUCCACCAGUCCCCUGUCCAAGUUAUUCCUGGAGCACAGUGUACCAGGCCCAUCAUUCCUCUCACUUCAGCAGCAGCAGCCAUUACUCCUCCAAAUGUCAGUGCGGCCAACUUGAACGGGGAGGCAGGAAAUGGGCUGAUCAGCGGCUUGGUGACUUCCAGCCCAACCAACACCUCCUGCAAAGCAGAGGAGAGGAAAAAUGAAAAGAAAGAGAAGAAGAGCGGAUUGUUGAAACUUUUAGCCGGCGCGUCAGCAAAAAAGAAAUCUCGAUCCCCUCCAUCUGUGUCUCCGACACCGGACCCUCAGGGAGCUGUGGAGGGAGCUCUGCAGGGAGCAGUGGGACCUGAACUCUCCUCACUCUCCAGCCACGGCAGGGCAGGUUCAUGCCCAAUUGAAAGUGAAAUGCAAGGAGCUAUGGGGAUGGAGCCACUGCACAGAAAAACAGGCUCCUUGGAUUUGAAUUUUUCCAUUCCUUCUCCCUCCAGGCAGCUACCUUCUUCGAUGGCAGCCAUCCGUCCUGAGCCCAAGCCAUUGCACCGGGAAAGGUAUCGUGUCGUGGUUCCAUAUCCUCCUCAAAGCGAAGCAGAGAUUGAACUGAAAGAAGGUGACAUUGUGUUUGUGCACAAGAAAAGAGAGGAUGGCUGGUAUAAGGGGACAUUACAGCGAAAUGGCAGGACGGGCCUCUUCCCCGGAAGCUUUGUAGAGAGCUUCUGAGGGCUUGCUUUCUUCCCCAUCACUGCUCUCUGAACUGAAAGAUUUUUCAGGGGAAAUUCCAUAGCACAAAAAGAGACAGCAAAGGGAAAUGUGACUGAUUUCCACUGCCAUUUUUACGUCCAAAGACUCCCCGGGCCCUUCAUUCUACAGCUCUGGAACCACAGUACCUGCUGUGCUUCCAAAACCAUGUGCAGUACAUACAGUGGUAUGUUGAAGUAGUGCCUUCCACUUGGACUCAUAGACUGAGAGGAUGCACAUUUGGUUUGUAUCUAAACUAAACUCCAACUGCUACCCAUUAUGUAAAUUAUAGAGAAAAUAUCUUUUAAAAAGUUGUUAUAUUGCUGUAACUUAUUUGUCAGAGCUGCAGUGUUCUUAUUACUGGCCUAUGCAAGAUGGAUUUGGGUGUGGCAGGAGGCAGAAUAGGGACCUCUUGAACUGGGAUUUUAUAUUUCCCAGGGGAGAGUGUGGAAAAACCCAGCUAAAGAUUUGUGCAUUGUUCUGCAAGAAAGAAUUAGGAGUCCAAAAUGUUAGUGUCAUGCUUUCUAUAUACCUCAAAAAUAUGCGGCAUAAGGAUGUCAGGAAGUGUGUUUGUGAUCAGAGCUGCAUUUCAUCUGAAGUACCUGUGAGAUGCACUGGGCAGAUCCUUGAAGAACUCUGGCUCCAUCAUUAAAUUGCGGUUAUUUGAGUAGAAACCCUUUGGUUUAUCAUCUGUCCAUAUUAUAUGCAGCAUUUUUUUUGCCCAUCCAGUAUCCGCCUUUCCAUUGCUUUUUAUUUGAUGUUUUUGGUAUGACAUACCUUUUUUAAUUGUUUGCGGUAUUGUUGCAGCUGUGUUGGUCCCAGGAUAUUAGAAAGGCAAGUUGAGUGAGGUAAUACUAUUUAUUGGACCAACUAUUUGGUCCAAUAAAAGAUAUUGCCACAUCCACAUUGUCUCUCUAAUUAAUACCUUUUUAAUGUAAGAACUGUUAUAUAUGAUAUAUAUAUACAUAUAUUCCUAACAGAUCAGGCAUUUCCUGCUUUUCAUACAUCUGGUGCUUUUAUUAUUAUUUUAUUAUUAGGAAGAUCCUGUUUGGCUUAAGAGAGAGACUGUUAACAGCAACAUCAACAGGUUUCACAUUUAACAUGUGAAUUCUGAAACAUACUGAAAGUAGAUUUCAUCAAGAUGAAAAUUUUUGCUAAUACUACAUGAAGCAAGAGAGAAAAAUCAGAUCAGGUGGUGAUAUAUAUGUGUGUGUGUAACUCACUUUCAUAAGAACAUUCUUUAUAUAUAGUUUCUAAAGACCCUUAAUAAAGCACAGUAAUCUGUCUAGACAAUGAUAAUUAUUCAAGAAUUGGGAGCAUUUCCAGGAGGAGUAAUUUUAAUUGACUUUUAUAUGGCAAUAAAAAGAACACUGCAGGUUCCAGCAAGCACAGGAAUCGUGGAAUUUUCCUCUGUCGUUGCAUCAGAGAGAAGAGAGCCGAACUGCAACGGCUGUAAUUAGCUUUGUCAAAAUGUGAUUUUUUUACUGUAGAAAUGUACAGUUCUCAACACCGUUCUAACCUGGUCAAGCUACAAUACAAAAUAGAUCAGGCAAUAUAACCCUCCAUCUACAAGGGACCUAAAGGUGCAAUAAAUGUAAAGCAAGUUUCUGCAGUUAUUUGUAUCAAACAAAGAAGAGAAAAAUCAGAUAAUGAAAGUGUGGGAGUAUUUGAAAAAGAGAUUCAGUUGUGGUAUCCUAUAACCAAAUCAUAACAAAAGAAUAUUCCUUAACUAUGUUGUGCCCUGCCUUUCCUAGUGAUUGGCUGUGUGCCCAGAACAGGAUAUGGUGGUCAUUCAAGACUAUGUUAGAGUUGCAGUAACCUGGAGAUGAUCUUAGUAAAAAGAGGAGGGGCAAUGGGUGUAUGCCGUUACUUUGUUCCCAGUAUUUCUUAUGCUGAAGGUGCAGGUUUUGUUUUCAUUCAAGCCAUGUAUGCUAGCACAUAUCAAAACAUGUAUAAGUGAACAUUCCUACUUACGUUGAACUGAAUGACUUUGGUCUCUGUCAAAUAAGUUUCUCUUCCUGUCAUUUGUAACAAACAGAUUCCAGAAACACAGUCUGCUGCCAAGUAUUGCCUCUUCAAAUCACAGAAACAUUAUUUGGGGGAGGGGGUAUUUUUAACGUUACCACAUUUGUUCAUGUUCCAGCUUGUAAUCAGUCAUCAGUAAAAUAAAUGGUUAUUGUUAAGAGAAAAUUGCCUUUUUAUAACCAAUAAGAGCUUUAAGAAAUUUCUUCUGCAAAAGGCUGAUUGAAGACUAGCGCACUAUAUUUCCAGUCAUUUCAUCCAAAUCGGAAAUAGCUCACCUUGAGCCACAAUCUGGUCAGCUAGCAAGCUGACAAUGCCCCCCAAAAAUGUGUUCUAUACAUG